AUGAUAUCGGGUUCGACGCUCUCAUACUUUUUCGGCUUUUGGGCUCUGGCGUAUCUCAUUGACGCUGGACUCUCAGUCCACCCAUUUACAAAACAGCGUUACCUUGAACUGAGGGGUCGAUCCGGUAUCUCUAUCCAGGUCCUCCAAGCGCGAUUCUUCACUCAGAAGUUAAAUCCCUUCUUUCAACGUCUUGGGAGUGUUGACUGGUUUCCGUGGGGCUUAUGGUUUUCUGUCGGCACAGCUUUCUCGGCGAUCUUUAUGUGUCUUAGCGUUGUUGUGCUUUCUUUACUGGCCUAUAACACCGUCAUGCGCAAACCCAUUGAGAAACAAAUCAUAACGCCCGUGGUAAGUCGUUGAUUGAGAACGUCUGCGACGAAUAUUGUGGUUCCUUUGGUAUAGGUCCUUUGUAAUGGGGGUUUAACCACUUGGGUAAUUAGUAGAUGCCAAGCAGCCCACUUGUCAAGAAGUUUAGUAAUUGUCCUAACCCUUCCUGAGUUGAUGUUCAUUUAAUUCCAAUCGUGAACGCACUCGCGCCACCGGUCAUUUUCUUAUUCAACUGUAGACUUCAUAGAAGUUGGUCGGCACCGAUUUUUACUGCUUGAAGUUGCAUAGGUUAAGGUGUCACCGCAGCGUGCAAAGUCUACACAGGACAUAGAAUUUAACACUAUCCUUUCCGUUUUCCCCCCGCCAGAUGCCAGGAGUCAACCUCCCUGUCAGUCAUAUCGGCUUCUACAUGCUUACCCUGCUGAUCUGUGUGGUUUUGCACGAGGCCGGUCAUGCCUUGGCUGCCCUACGAGAAAAGGUCCGACUCCAUGGCUUCGGCUUCUUUCUGUUCGGUAUCUAUCCAGGAGCCUACGUGGAUAUUAGUGACUCUGAUCUUUGCAGCUUGUCGCCUCUUCGCCAACUGAAGAUUUACUGCGCAGGCGUUUGGCACAACGGAGUAAUUGUACUUAUCAGUCUCCUCGUGUUUCACGCCCUUCCAUGGCUCCUAGUUCCUGCUUAUUCAACGAAUAGAGGCGUUGGUGUCGUCAGUGUACUUGAGGUAAUACACGUUCCUGUAGUAUAUGGUACCUGAUUUGAAAGCGGUUUUCCUUGAGCCAUCGUGCAGCCACUUUUCCACUUAUAUUUCCGGCGAAUAUAAACAUAUCUGUCCACCACGCAUCCUUUUGUGUUGCUACAUUUUUAUUCCUUCCAAACUGUUCCACCGUACGUCAGUGGAUAGCAGACGGGUCAAAAUGUCUGAAGGUGUGUGCUAUGUCAGUAUCAGCAGACCAUGGCACUCGCAGCCUGGUAUGCGCUGGCAGUUCCCGGACGCCUGCUUCCCUGUCGGUAGAUGCACUUGCACUCCCGCUGGGUAUACAGGUGGUGGGCAUGGCUGCGCAGUCAUCCACGUCCUCUGACCCCUUUUGGCGUGUUGGUGGUACAUAAUCCUGGUCAAGUGUAUAUUGUGGACCAGGAGGUGUGUUGGCACGCCUAGAUGCGGAUCCGGCCGUGCUAGCCACCUGCGCCCUCCUCCGCCUCCGGUCUCCUGGACUCUGUCCGGACACCGGAUCCAGGUGCGGAGUGGGAAAGAGGGAGUGCGAAAGAUGCUGCGCAAGUCCACUGUCUCUAAACUAAUUCACGUGCAAGUCGCCUUGCCUUCGGCAUCUUGUUGUGUAGCACACGAUGGACAUUGUCGGAAUCGACGGUCAAACUGUCGGAUAGUAGACUACUAUUCACUAAAAUGUCGAAAGUAUGUAAAUACCAGAUGUAAAAGAGUGAAGAAUAUGGGCCAACAGGUCUUACCGUAGCAGUUUGGCCUCAAUCAUCCCUUUCAGAAAUACAGAUAAUGCAACCGCCGUAUCCACUACGGCCUGGCCACGCAAAAAUAGCCGUGACUGAGUCAUUCUUACCACCCUGAUGUCGGUACUUCUUUUACUCGGCGUGGAUGUCAUCGUCUGAAUUGGCCGGCGUCUGUGGUGUCACGGACCGUAUUUUUCUACACACUAAGAUCUUCGAAUAACCCUUCGUCGACGGAGACCAAACGCCGGAGGUCCGACAAUCACCUGCAUGUGUUAGCUGACCGCGCCAAGCCACGCUUUGAACUGACAUCCGGAGCCCUCAGGUAGAUAUUGGCACCGGAUCAAGGGUAGAGAUACUGAAUGCAUGGGGUGGACCAGGAAGACCAUGCUUGAAUCACACGCAAUUUUCGUGAGGUUUAUGGGAGUUUCUGAUUACAAACUCAGAUAGUCCUGCCGAGGUUGUCAUUCCAAGCGCUUUGGUUCAUGAAACUAACCACAAGGCAGCGGUGGCACGCCGCAGUUCGAGGUCACCAUACCAGUGCCGUUAUCGAGCUUUUCAAUAUUUUAUAAGGCAAUCGGCGUGUCAGACCUCAGCCCUAUGUGCCCUGAUGCCUCGGUCGCCGCUGGUCUGCGACUGCCUCUUUAUCAUACACGGGAGCCUGCCUGUUUUAAGCUAACACUCGCCGAAAGACGUCCUAUUAUCCGCCAAAUACGGACGCGCCGGGCUAUUAGGUGCCAGACUAGUGGAUGAGGCAUCUUCUUGACGGCCCACUUGAUGCUGCAUCUAAAGUGUCACUUUGUGGUUACUUCAGUUCUUUUAUACUGUCGCUUAUCUCUUCAGCAAUUCGAGGUUAAUCUGUCGAUUCAGGUCCGUCAUUGUUUUCGAUUUUUUGAUGCGUCUGGACUGUCCGGAUUUUCUAGAGCUUCCUGAUUUCACUAGGGCCUAUUCAUGAAUGGCUUUCUCGCACAGAUCUAUUCCAUUCAAAAGUUUUCUGGCCCUUUUUUCGUUUAAAGCGAAAACCAAUCCUUUAAAUACAUCCACUUGUAGCACUCAGUCUUCACUGGCCACCGUGGGCUGCACUCCGGUGAUGCUAUAACCCAGAUAAACGCUUGUCCAGUUAACACUGCUGAUGAGUGGUACCGGUGUCUGGAGGAGGUGCAACAAAAAACUUCCGGCUACUGCGUUCCUGGCGGUUACCCCAACAUGCUAGACCCCGGCCACGUGCGUGCACAACCUGGCGCUCGUCGGCUGUCCGCCGUCUUGCCUGCUGACCAGGCGGAGGUCGCGAAAGGAUUGCCCAGGGUGCCAGCUGAUACUGUUGCUGCUUCCAAGGCUCUCGUCGUAGCCGCCUCCCAUGACUGCUGUGCCCCACACCUUGCCUCGACACACCUCUGCUUCGCCCACUUCCACAGUCUGGGAAAGCACGGAAAGCAAGCCAGGGUGAGACCGGCUGCGCUGCCAGUUCUGCUUACACCUGUUUUAAUGUUCUGCCUCGGAAAAUCCCUACGUUUAUGCCGUAUCUAAUUUUAAACUCUAGAAAUGAUGGUUACGCACAGUAGAACCUCAACUGUCUGUUAGCGGGGCGUUGCCGGAGCGUAGCCCUUAGGCGUCUCCACUUCACUUAUCCCACCAAGUCACUCAUCUAUGACUUGUGACGCAUACGACUAAAAGUCACGCGUCGUAGCACGCCUCAUCGAACGAGUCAGGGGAGGUGGAGGCGAUUUCGUCAAAGAGCUGUACUAUCCCAUUGUAUCCAUUAGAGGCACAGCCAUACCAUUGUGUACGGAUGCAGCGGCCUGGUAACUGGGAUGAGAACGUGGAUUUUGGUCGUUUUCAACCCCGGAAAAAAUUUUCGAAGACAACGAAUUCGAUUUCAUCUUUCGCUUUGGCCAUUUGGUGGAAAGCUCACGUUCGGGUACAAUAUCCGGCCUUAUUGACAAAGCUGCCAGCCUGUUUUACGGGAGAGCACCCUGAUAUUUCCCUACGCAAUUGGAAGCUGAGUUAAACAGCACCAGAACAAUUGCGACCAAUCGACAGCUGCAGUUCUUAGUAACUGCGUGCGAAUUUUAUAAUAUCAACAGAGUCAGGACCGGUUACAUGUUUGGGGGGUUGGUUGUAACACAGCUUUGUGUGAUCCCCUGGACAUAUCGAAUAGAUCUACGGGCAAGAUGAGGACCCGUUGCAGGCUUCUGACAACUUUUCUAAUUAGGUAUAAGGAAAGAUAUUUUUGCAAGUAUGGGGAAUUAGUGGGCCAAGUCACGCUGUUUAAGUGAUAAUUUUACUGAACUCGGCGUUUGCCCGCAAUCGGAAAGAAGUGAAUUCAAAAGCCGGCGUUGUGGCCGACCGAAAUUUGUGGGAAUUGUGCUGCACGAUAAUCACUAUUACAACCUCACCUAAAUUAUCCCUUCCAACCAAAAACACAUCUUAGAUUUUCGGCUAACAUUCCAUUAGAUACUUCAGCUACUGUGUAUUGUAUGUGUACAUAUCCUAAACAAUUGCGUGAUUUAUAACUCGACAAUAAAGGCGCUUAUGCCAGCUCUAAUCCACAUGAACGACCACUUUAGCAAGUGUCCUUAGGCAUUUUCCCGCUCUGACCAGCCGUUCCCGGCUAUUGCUCUAUAAAAUUUCUCGAAUCUUCCCAGAGUAGGAAAUUGUGGUUCUAAAGGCCUCCUGCUCAACCCACCUUGCAUGCUACCUUUAUGGGCAGAAUAGUGUCCCCGCUUAACGCGCAUCAUGUCGCCUAGCCACCGACGCCUCUCUACUUGUCCCACAUUCCCUUACACGUGAAUAGCAGACUGACAGCGAAAGGCUUUAAAAGCAAGUCACUUCAACUUUGCCGUUUUAAGGGGUGAUUUAAUGCUUUUUUUCUCUCAGUGUUGGCCACGUCCAUAGUAUUCACCAUAAUUGACGCACUAAAUUUAUUUCCUGCUUCUGUAUAUAUUUUCUAGAAGCCUAAGUACGUCUGUCUGCCUGCGAGAGCAGUAACAGAAAGAGAGCCCUGCAGUGCACCCUCGGACUGUGGUCCCCUGGCCACUGAGGGAGACCAGCGUCCCAUCUGCCUAAUUCCUGCACCUCCUGACAACCAUACGCACCUGAUUCGAAUUGUCCACAACCGAGCCCGCUCCCCGGCCAUCCUAUUUCUUGGACCUGUCGAAGAUCUGCUAGCAUCUAUUGAGAUUUCCAACUACGUUCCUCGCUGGCCGCAGUUAUUUCCCUGUCGUUUGCCGCAGAUCAUCGCUACUUUUUGCAUGUAAGUCCUGACUGUGCUCCCUAUAAUUCGUUCCCACUUCUUCAAGAAAGAUUGCUUUGUACAUCACGGAACCACUUAAAGGUCUCAACACCAGGCUCAAAGAUAAAGGCACACGAAGACGUUUCACCGUUCGGCACUACUGGUCUGACUUUUGGUGUAAAAUGCAUCGAUUGACUUGGUAGGACCUCCGGACAUGGAAGCGCGGUAUCUGCCGAAUUCCGCGGCCAGUUUUUCGUGCCUUUUCGAUCAAGGACUAGGGAUGCCAACACCUAGUACGCAGUCAAAAAACAAACUUGUUUGUUGCCCUUCCAGUUGUUCCUAGUACUCGCGACUCACUGAAUGACUAAAUAGGCUUUACCUCUGAUAAUAUUUGCUCUACCCCUCCGUGACGCACUUUACGAUGCCUUUAUUUUAACGUCUAUAGGAUGGAAAAACCAUGGCAGCAGCCCAAGUCGUAUCACGACGUCCUUGUCGCUACUUAAAAUAAGUGCUUCCUUCCUGUAGGUGCAGUUUGAGGGCAAUUCCGUCUUUUCAGCGCCAGUGGACAAACCAACUGAAUUAACUGUCUCAUUCAUCUGAUAAUAAGUUUCAAGCCGACAUAACUUUACGCUAAAAGUGUGUAGUCAGUCGGCGUCCUGUUGCAAAUGAAACUACCAAAACUGAGCGUAUCCAUUCCAACGUGCGAAUAUUUCCCCGGCGCAUUCACGGGCCACCUGGAAACUAACUUAGCAGAGUCUCGUUCUUUUAUCACGCUUAUUUUUAAACUGCUGGAGUAUGACGCUAGUAAAGACCUUUGCAGCCAUUCCGAUUAAACUUAUUUCGGGGCAAUUGUCGCGCUUCGUCUUGAAUGCCUGUAAGACAGUAAGUAGAAUUUUUAACUAGCAGUCUUCAUAUACAACCUCCUCACGCCGUGUUUUUUGAAAUCGUCUUAUCGAGCCGACGCGUAAUACCCCCAAAAAGACUUUUCUGUAGGGAUUGGCAUUUACCGCACCUAUGUUGCGCGGUCCGAAUAUUGCAUCAUGGUUUGUUGCAGAUGGUUAGAGUUGAGUUAAACGACUGGGUGAUUACGUUGCCGUCUAACGCCUCACAGAGGGCCACUACCCACUACAACCUGCAUUAGGAUGCUGACACUGGCACCAUGCAACAGUUUGUUGAACAUCAAUAGCACCAAUAACACUCCCUCAGUGCUCAGCCCCGGAGAGCCUCUUUCACGCAUCGUGUUACGCGAGACAGCUGUAACUUCACAUACGAGGAGAGGUGUCGAGAAUGCAAACAAACGCCCACCAUAAUCGCUGCCACCACGCAAUCUCGUAAAGAAGUCCGUGCGUUGAUUUGUUCAGUGGGAAGUGUCCUUACGAAUCACGUGCAUUUUCAUCUGGUGGGAAUCCACAGACUUACACACAGUCGAUCGAGGUCUAGACAACAUCGCGGAGCUGAGAGCUAACGGUCUAGACUGAUACAGCCACUUCAUUACGGAUUUCAGGAGGUUGAUGCAACGUACGCUAUUUAGUCUGGUGAGCAUUUCCAAGGUCCACCGUACUGUCUGAUGAGGAACCUUGCUAUGGAGGUUAGGUGAAAAGAGUUCCCAUUCUCUCCUCAUUCACUCAAUCCGUCACCGUCGUGUCACCCAUUUCUGCAGUUAGUUCUGCCCGUCAUUGUAUUGUCAUGCGCCAGCAACUUUAAGCUGGCGAGAAAUGUCUCACGACCUCCGACCAGGCAACAUCGUUUCUUUUGCUUCCAACACGCCCAUUGAGUGCACAGGAACACUUCUCAGGUUGUAUCACUAAAUUACCAUCGAAAACUCGAACUGAACUUCCCGACCUCGUUGCGUAAAACAGGGCAAUUUAUACUCCGAAAUAAUCGUUAUCCUGCUGCCUUUGCGUGCCGACUCACUCUAUGUUUGCUCUCACUCUCCGCUCUAGAUACCUCUUCUCCCUCUCUGGGGCCUUGGUCCUUUUAAAUGUGGUGCCUUGUUACGCAUUAGAUGGCCAAUGGAUCCUCAAGGCUCUACUCGAUCUCCUUCUGCCUUCCUUCAUCUGUGGCCGCCAGUUUAAACGUAUUCUCUUUUCCAGCAUUAUCGCUCUUGGAACCGGUCUCCUGUCUAUUAAUAUUGCCCUCGCCCUUUGGUAUUUGAUCCUGGAGACCGGCGUGACACCUACCCUCCCGGCCUCCCCUGCCCGACCCGCUCCCCAAACGUCCCUGUAA